AUGGCGCACUUCUCCCAAAUUACCAACAUAGCCGAAUAUGUAGCCUGCAUCAAGGCCACAGCAGGAAAAACUGUUCUACUAGCUUAUUGGCCCGAAGACGAAACAACUAAUGAGGUUGCUACCGCCCUUCAAAAACUACUUCCGUCAACAUCCUACGAGCAGUACGACGUCGUCGACAUCUAUUGCUUCGAUAUGUACUCGCUACCAGAACUAGGCAAUAUGUUGGACGUGAGCUUCGUGCCGACGCUGAUGUGGUUCAUGGACGGCGUCAUGGAUGCCAUCGUUUGGCAUGAAGGCUGUGCAAUUGAGGGCGAGAGUGUGGAGAAGGGUGUAAAGAGGGUAGUGGAUAGGAUCAAAGGAGGAGAUAUCGCAGGAGAGGAUAGUGACGAUGACUGGUAG